AUGGAUUGGUCAAGUACUGUCUGUGGAAGGUAGAAAAUGCAUUUACUGCUUAAUAGUUUAACUUUAAAGACUUAAAAAACACAACACUUUGCUGAAAGAGUUUCUUUAAUGUUUAGAUCGUGAGCAGUGUCCCAUAUUUUUUGGACUUAAGAGCUGCAAGAUGUGAGAAGCGAGGGUUACAGCUGCCUGGCAGCUUUUCCGUGUCAUGCUCUCAGUCAUAUGCGUUACUAUUUCCUUCUCUUGUGUUUUUGUUCAACGGACUGAAAAAAAUGAUAAUAUUACAUUUGAUAAAUAUGAUAUUAAGAAUUAAUUAAGUUUUACUUAGAAAAAAAAACUUGACUUUAAUAAACCUUUAUAAAUGGGGUUCCCAUAAAACCUAAAGUGCGAUACAUCAAAGCUUAUGUGGAGCUGAUACUAGAUAAUUUUUAAAUGCUGGCAUUAACUACUAUUUCCUCAGUAUUUUUUAAAAAAAUCGUUCUUAGGGGUAUAAUAAAAGGGUGACACUAAAAACAACAUAAUAGCCAUUUAAUAGAACUGAUCAGGCACUUGUAUUAAACUCUAAAAUACACUGUAUCCUGACAACCAAGAUGGGUUUCGUUUAUUGUCUGUCUCACGACGUUUCGACCGCGUACUAUCUUCAUCAGGCGAUAGUAGGCAGCUUAAGCAACUACGACGACGACCACAACAACUGCUCUGCACGUGCAUCACGCUUUUUAGUACAUUUCUCUGACGUCCACUGCACGACUACGACGUGAAACCUCCCAAUGCGACGUUUUGUGGAGGAUGUGGAUAUACGACGACAAAUUGUCCUUUCUCUAUUUGAACAUGGAUAGAAUCGUUAAGAAUUCAACUCCAGGAAAACUCGGCUACAUUUGACGAAAUAUGCGGUUUCAAAUACACGCGAUAAAUUUUGAAAGGAAGCAAAUUCAUUUUUUUUUCGUGCAUGAUGUUUCAGGUGUUUUCACUUCCGUCGUUGUCGUUGUUGUUUAAGGUCCCUAGUGACGAAUUACUGAGUGGGACUAUUUGUACCACCUGGUUCGAGUAGUCCUACUUAGUAAAAUAAAUGGACUCUAUCUAGAGGAACAAGUAAAAGGAAAUUAAGUAAAGUAAGAAAACUAGAAAUUUGUCUUGUUUGAGAUUAGAUUAGCGACAGGUGAUUGCAAGAGGAAUAUUCAUCUUUGGUCGGCUGUUGAAGGUGGCAGCUGGCAUGUUGAUCAGAGACCAUACAAUUCUCAUACAGACUCUGUUGAAGACAUACAGUGGAGCCCUAAUGAACAGAAUGUAAGCAAACUAUCUAGUAACAAAAUUAGCGGAUGGUUAUGCGAAAUCGUCAAAGCCUGAAAGCUUUUUACUUAAUAGUACUUUCAAACUGUUGAUGUUGCGUACCGUUUUUCUUUGCAUUGCUGAAGGACGUUGUUAUCAUUACAUGAUUUGUUAUUCCUUUAGGGGAUGAAAGUCCUUUGAGUAGAGCUAGUUCUGCUGACUUUUAGUAUUUCAAGUUCCUUUAUUCUUCAUUGUAAUACUUACUCACCAGUUGAGUACAUUGUGGGAGUAUCCGAGGAGACAUGGCUUGACAAGUCGUUCAUAAGCUUUUGAAAUGAAACCUUCUUUAAAAGUACUACCAAAAGAUUCAUAAAUGGUUCGUCACGCGUUCGUUCGCUGGAAAGGAACUCUUGACGAAGCCCUAAGAACGUCUUCGUGGGCGGCUGGUGUGAAGAAUACAGGUCUUAUGAUACAGUGAUGUUAAUAACUGUCAGUGUCUUAUUUAUCCUUAACACAGGUAUUUGCGUCCUGUUCAGUGGACAAAACAAUACGAAUCUGGGACGCGAGAGCCAAACCCUCCAAAGCCUGCAUGUUGACUACACAAGCACACGAGGCUGAUGUUAAUGUUAUUUCUUGGAACAGGUGAGAUGUGGCUCAGUUGCAAUAGUAUUAUAAAUGUUAUUUAAACAAAUAAAACCCCUUAUGUUUCAUUUUCAAUCUGAAUUUAUUUUAUACUAAAACUUUUAAGUAUAGGUUGUUUUAGAGCAUUCAGAGCAACAAUUAGUUUUUGAAUAUGAAAAGCUUCAUGCUAAGGUAACCUCCUUCAACAAUGAUGGCUUCACACUUUGCAAUGGAGUUCCCAGAAACGUGAGAAAAUUAUUAAUUGAGGUGAGAGAACGUAUGUGACGCGCACUAUUUAGGAAGUAAUAGGAAGCUUAAGAUCGGAACACGCCGUCGGUGGCGAAAACGUUGUUUCUUAGGAGAAGGAGAGGAAGAAGGAAAAAAAAAACACCUGAUCGCAGAGUUGACGCUCUCGUUGCCGUCGCCGACGUCGGAUUUUAAAAGUAAUGCAAGUGAAGUGCUACUUUACCGUUAUACUCUAGCUGUCUGCAGAUGAAAACAUUUAAAGUUCUGUUUUGGAUUUCUAUUCAGAAAUGAACCAUUCAUAGUUUCUGGAGGCGAUGAUGGUGUUAUAAAAGUUUGGGAUCUUCGGCAGUUUCAAAGGUAUGAGGAUUCAUCUCAAGGGUACCUGAUCAGUCAACAUCACAGGCACACCAACCUGAUCAUACAGGGUGUACCACCAGUCAGUUUAACACAGAAAGACAUGUCAGUUAUACUAUUCCUAUAAUUGUAAGGAUAGUAUCAGAGAAUGUAUGUCCUUCGUUUUGUCUGUCUGCAUUUGACCAUCUGUUAACAUAAGCGUGCCUUGCGUAAUUAGCUGAAAAAAGCAUGCCAGUGCAAAACGUUGGCUCUUGGUAGUUCAAUAUCUGACCCUGCGGUUAUAUAACAAUUAUUCGCUUAAGGCGAAGUUAAUAUUGUUGAAUAAUCUCCCAGAAGAAGUCGAGGGGAUUAUUCAACAAUAUUAACUUCGCCUGAGGUAAAUAAUUGUGUUAGUAUAUUCACACGAAGUGAUCUCAACAAAAUCAGAAAGGAAACCAUUAAAAAUAUGUAUGUUUGAUUGAUGGGUAAAUUCAUGCGUGAACACGAAGCCGUAAACAGUAGAUGCGCAAAAGUUAGAUCUUUACAGCAUCUUCAAACAUGGUAAAUUAUUUGAUAGUUUUAAUUUUUUUUGUGAGCUUUGCAUCAAUGAUUGAAAAGAAAACGUCGAAAUUUUAAAUAACUCCCCUUUCUGAGAAAAAAAACACAGAGCUUUAUUUGCUUCUGUCAACUCACCGUGAAUGAGAAACUUUUUUUGUCGCUUCUUGCUGGCCUGCGUAGCAAGCGUUUCUGAGCAAAGAACGAGGAACGAGAGUUAAAGACCGCGCGGAAAAUGUCGCAACUAAAAGAGCGGGGAGGGGGUGGGGAAGAAAGUUUCCUUCCUUCCCCUUCCUCCUCCCCCCUCUGUCAUUUUUUGGCUCUCGUUUCAUUUCUCGCGCGGUCAAAAGCGAAAAUCUCCUUUCUCGGUCUUUCUUUGCUCCGAAAUCAAACGGAAACGCUUGCUACGCAGGCGAGCUUCUUGCAAAUGCUGUCAACAGCAGCGGCUACGAUCGAGGUGAGCGUUGUUUAUCUGCAGUGUUCUUUGCCAUGUUAACUUGCUGGAACGUACAGUUUUCGAAAAUAUUUGCUUUCCUUUUCUUCCAUACAUUAACUUCUAUUUGUUGCUAGACAAAAUUGGUCUUGCGAGGAAAUCCCGAGUUCGCGAAACAACUUUGGGAUAUUCUUGUAUUGUAAAAACGUUCUUACUCUGAAACUCGGCAAAACACCCAGUUCACAACAGCGAUGUUGUUUUGCUUUAUAUUCACCGCCUAGCGCAGUGAAUAUUUAACAAUUAUUCGGCCUCAUGGGCUAUUGACUCAGAGGCCAUGAGGGCGAGAGGAAUAGUUGUAGUAAAAUCCAACUAGUUGGUCAAAAAUAACGAGACAAAACAACCGCAAGCAAGACUUUAAUCCUUUUUUUGCCGCCAAAAAUCCGGCGCUUUUUGCUACUAGUGGAACAGGGUAUAUAACAUUUCUCCCCCCUUUGUCUCUUUACAGUGGUGUAUCUGUAGCAGUAUUCAAGCACCACACAGCACCUAUCACUUCAGUUGAGUGGCACCAUACUGACAGCUCAGUAUUUGCUGCUUCUGGAUCAGAUAAUCAAGUUACUCUGUGGGACUUGGCAGUGGAGCAAGACAACGAUACCGAAGGCAAAGGAAGACAUCUGGAUGUUCCUCCACAGCUGUUGUUCAUCCAUAUGGUAUGGAUGUCAGCAGAGAUUAGGAUUUUAUCUCUACCGUGGAACCUCUCCUUUAGGACUCCUCUAUUCAAUACAAGGGAUACCUCCAUUCAUGGGACACAAAAAUUGGUUCCCUUAAAAUGUUCACCUCCAUCUUUGUAUUUUAUUACCUCUAUUGAUUAGACACCUCUAUUCAGGGGAAAGAGACACUUUUUCGGGGUCCCGAAACCUGGGUUUCAACACCUUAGUACUAGAAACGUGACAGACCACAAAAAAAAAUAAUAAAAUUACUUUAAGUGAACACUAGGCUAGUCACAAUUGAUGGGGCAUAAUUUACCAUAUCAGCUGGUUUUACUAGACUACGAGCAGUCACUCAUUUCCUCAGUGAUAGUGAAGCGAGAGAAAUACGGGAGGUCGCGUGAAAAUCGCCUCCGCGUCUCUCCACUCCUCAUGUCGCUCGCUUGCCGCUCGCAGUUCUUACUUUAUGAAUUACUGGUUAAAAAGAAAGCGAUCUGAGGCUACGAGCUUCGACCGGCUCAAAAUUUGACUGGACGCUUCGUCCACACGGGACCGUUCAAUGCGUCCACCCUUUCGUAAGGUGGUCCCGUGGGAACUGAACGUGGCCUGAGCCUAAGAAAAAGGUACUCGAGUUUUCAAAUCCCAAAAACAAAAAUGCGAAAAUAACGAGACGCAAACAACACUUAAUCCCUCAAUGGAAUGGCCAUACCUUGGCUUUCCGGUACAUCUUCAAAGACACAAAAGUUGGAACUCUGGCAGGUGUAAGUUGAAUCGACCACGAGAGCGGCAUAUCCUCAGGGUACUAGUGUGGGGGAGCGUGAAGGGAGCUCAGGGGUGGUGAGGUGGAUGGACAUAGAGAAAGUUACCCCGGUUGAUAUUUCUUCUUUUGUUUUUUCAUUUAUUUUUUCUUCGGGACAUGUUUUUGGGCAUUUUCCUCUUUUUUUAAAAUGUCGCUCAUUUCUUUGUUGUUUUAUUCCAGGGUCAAAAGGAUGUGAAAGAAGUUCAUUGGCAUCGGCAGUUACCCGGAGUAAUGAUAAGCACUGCUGAGAGUGGCUUCAAUAUCUUCAAGACAAUCAGCGUAUAGUCCAGCAGUGAACUUCGCCCGGCACGGAAAGUUUUGUUUUUUCUGUGGACUGAAAAAAUAGCAAAGGACAUGAAAGAACACGAGAAAUGUCAUUCCUGCUCUUCUGAUCGUGUCGAAAAGUUUCUGACAACGCCAUGGAUACUGAAGGAACGCCGCCGGUUUACUUCAAGCAGUGGCAAACUUCUUAGUCUGCCUGCAAUCCUGCAAGCAUUGAUCGCCAGUGCUGUUGAAACAAGGGAAUUAUUCUUUAUUUGGGCUCAAUGGUCUGCCACGAUAUGGAUUUUUUCUUUUUGAUCCGAGAAAGCCUUGAUCAGCGUACAGUUGUUGUUUCCGCGAUCCUAACAGCUGGUACAGUUACGCGAGUAUCAAACAACAAAAUUACCGUAAACAUGUACGCUUCGAACUACAGCAUUUGUUGUGCGACUUGUAGAUAGCGACUGGUUAAAAAGAUGCGGUACGAU